AUGGUGUUACCUCUGCUCUGGCUAUACAUUAUUGUGGGGGGAGAAAAUGCACUAGGAGAACAUGAAGAUGAAGGGAACUUCUACUCACAAAACGUUAGUCGGAUACUGGACAACUUGCUUGAAGGUUAUGACAAUCGGUUACGGCCAGGAUUUGGUGGUGCUGUCACUGAAAUCAAAACAGAUAUUUAUGUGACCAGUUUUGGUCCCGUGUCAGAUGUAGAGAUGGAGUACACAAUGGAUGUUUUCUUCCGCCAGACUUGGACUGAUGAGAGGUUGAAGUUUGGGGGUCCAACUAAGAUUUUAAGUUUGAAUAACCUGAUGGUCAGUAAAAUCUGGACACCUGACACUUUUUUCAGAAAUGGCAAAAAAUCAAUCGCUCACAAUAUGACAACCCCUAAUAAACUCUUCAGAAUAAUGCAGAAUGGAACUAUUCUAUACACCAUGAGGCUAACUAUCAAUGCUGACUGUCCUAUGAGACUGGUUAACUUUCCUAUGGAUGGCCAUGCUUGCCCUCUCAAGUUUGGAAGUUAUGCGUAUCCCAAAAGUGAAAUUAUAUAUACAUGGAAAAAAGGGCCACUUUACUCAGUAGAAGUCCCUGAAGAGUCUUCAAGCCUCCUACAGUAUGAUCUGCUUGGACAAACAGUAUCUAGUGAGACAAUCAAAUCUAACACAGGUGAAUAUGUAAUAAUGACGGUUUAUUUCCACUUGCAAAGGAAGAUGGGCUACUUCAUGAUCCAGAUAUAUACUCCUUGCAUUAUGACAGUAAUUCUUUCCCAGGUGUCUUUUUGGAUUAAUAAGGAGUCUGUUCCAGCACGAACCGUCUUUGGCAUCACCACUGUUUUAACUAUGACCACUUUAAGCAUCAGUGCCCGUCACUCCUUGCCAAAAGUGUCAUAUGCCACGGCCAUGGAUUGGUUCAUAGCUGUUUGCUUUGCUUUCGUCUUCUCAGCUCUCAUUGAGUUUGCAGCUGUCAACUACUUUACCAAUAUUCAGACACAGAAAUCCAAAAGGAAAGCACAGAUUUCAACCUCACCCCCUGUGACAAUAUCAAAAGCGACUGAACCCUUGGAAGCUGAGAUUGUUUUGCAUCCUGAUUCCAAGUAUUAUCUGAAGAAAAGGAUCACCUCUCUCACCUUGCCAAUAAUUCCAUCCUCUGAGACAAGCAAAGUUCUCUCUAGAGCUCCUAUCCUGGAAUCAACACCUAUCACACCCCCACCACUCUCUCCAGCCUUUGGAGGUACGAGUAAAAUUGACCAGUAUUCUCGGGUUCUCUUUCCAGUUGCAUUUGCAGGAUUCAACCUUGUGUACUGGAUAGUUUAUCUUUCCAAAGACACAAUGGAAGUGAGUGGCAGUGUUGAAUAG